GCGGGGACAUGGCGCUGAGGCCGGCACCGGGAGCGGGGGCACCCGCAGCGGGAGCACCCGGAGCGGGCGGCGGAGCGGGGCCCGCCAGCUUCAUGUUUCCUGUCGCAGGUGGUUUAGGCCCCCCUCAAGGGAUGAUUCCUAUGCAACAGCAAGGAUUCCCAAUGGUUCCUGUCAUGCAGUCCAACAUGCCAGGCAUGAUGGGGAUGAAUUACGGUUCUCAGAUGCCUCCUGGACCCAUGACCAUGCAGGGUGGCAUGCCCUUAGGGCCCAUGCCAGCGACUGGAAUGCCUUACAUGGGACAAGCUUCUUUCCUGGGAAUGCGCCCAGCAGCCCCACAGUACACCCCGGACAUGCAGAAGCAGUUUGCAGAGGAACAGCAGAAGAGGUUUGAGCACCAGCAGAAAUUCUUGGAGGAGGAAAGGAAACGGCGCCAGUUUGAAGAGCAGAAACAAAAGCUGAGGCUCCUAAGCAGUGUGAAACCUAAGACAGGUGAAAAAAGCAGGGAUGAAGCUUUGGAAGCCAUUAAAGGAAAUUUAGAUGGGUUUUCUAGAGACGCUAAAAUGCACCCAACACCAGCAGCGCAUCCCAAAAAGCCAGAUCAUCCCACAUCAUCCCAUUCUGCUGUAUCUGUUUCCCACUCUGCUUUUGUUGAUGAUGAAGAAUUUAGUGACUUUAUACAGGGGCCUGUUGAAAUCCCCACACUGGUGCCUCAACCCACCUCUCAGCCUUUUCAGCCUUUCCAUUCUGCUGCUGAGGCUGGGCAACUGCUUUCCGAACAGGCUGUGGUCCAGCCUCUCCCUGCAGCCCAGACUCCAGUGUUACCCAUCCUGCAUGGUACAACUGGGCAGGUUCCUUAUUUUCCUACCUCUGCAUCUUCACCCAAUAUUCAUAAAACAGGCUCUUCCUUGGAGGAGAAAGGCUUAGAUAAUGGCUCAAAUGACUCUGAACAAGAGCAAACCACACUUAAAACAUCCGAAGUUGGGCACAAAGCCUCGGCUGCAAGCCAAGUUCAUCCCAGUCUAACCAUCAGUGACUGGGGGGUUGUAGGUGGCCAGGAAAGUGGUGCCACCGCUGCAGAGGUGCCCAAGGCUUCAGAACAAACCAGAGCAGUUGAAGAGUGUGGAGUCGGGGUAUUCCCUACACAGGACCCAAUUCAGCAAAUGAUGCCUCCUUGGAUUUACAAUGAUAACUUGGUCCCAGAGUUGUAUAAGAAAAUCUUAGAAACCACUUUGACUCCUGCUGGAAUAGAUACAGCUAAACUCUAUCCCAUCCUGAUGUCAUCUGGAUUGCCCAGAGAGACCCUUGGACAGAUAUGGGCUCUAGCCAACCGUACCACCCCUGGGAAGCUCACCAAAGAGGAGCUCUACGCUGUCCUGGCUAUGAUAGCAGUGACUCAGAGAGGAAUUCCUGCGGUGAGUCCGGACGUGUUAAACCAGUUUCCAGCUGCCCCCGUUCCUACGUUAAGUGGAUUUCCAAUGCCGCUGCCUGCCGCAGUGAGCCAGCAGCCUCUGCUGCCCCCUGCACCACCCGUCUCCAUGCCUCUGAACAUCGGGCCGGCCGUGAUGGGGAUGAGCAUCACGGCUCCAGCGGGCGGAGCUGCAGCACAGCCCUCCGGAGGCUUCCUCCCCUCCUACCCACCCAGCCAGGUAGUAAAACCAGAAGAUGAUGACUUCCAGGAGUUCCAAGAUGCUUCAAAGUCUGGCUCACUUGAUGACUCCUUCACUGAUUUCCAAGGGGAUGCAGCUGGCUCCUCUAAAGCAGCUGGUUCACAGCACCGGAGCAGUGUUCCUUCUUUACUAAUGCCACUCCCAGGUAAUAAGACAGUCUCAUCAACUGAUAAGUAUGCUGUGUUUAAAGGAAUUGCAGCUGAGAAGCCUGCUGAAAGUACAGCUGCUUUUGGAGAUGGUGGAGACAAGUACAGUGCUUUCCGUGAAUUAGAGCAGCCAUCAGAGAGCAAAUACUUAGGAGAGAACCUUGCAGAGUUCAAGCCUGCAGGAUCCGAUGAUGGCUUCACGGAUUUUAAAACAGCUGACAGUAUCUCACCAUUAGAGCCACCUACAAAGGACAAAACAUUCCCUGCACCCUUCCCUUCUCUGCCUGUUCAGUCAAAACAGCAAACACAAGCAAAGACCUCUUUGAACCUAGCAGACUUGGAUCUCUUUUCCUCUACUGGAGAAACCAAGCAGCCGUCCUUUCCACCUGCAUUUAACACAACAAAAUCGGGCUCCUUUCCUCCACCACCCCUUCCAGCUACCGCUGCCCAACCAGCACCCAGCAAAAGUUCCAGCUUAGCUGAUGACUUUGGAGAGUUCAACCUUUUUGGGGAGUUUUCUAACUGCUCAUCAGCCAGUGGACAAGAUGACUUUGCAGAUUUUAUGGCUUUCAACAAUAGCAGUGCAUUUUCCGAACAGAAACCAGAUGACAAAUACAAUGCACUCAAGCUAGAGCCUGGUCCUGUUCCUCAGCCUGGCUCCUCUGCCAGCACAGUGAAGAGUGGGCAGAGUUCUGCCCCUACUGCUACACCCACCAAAUACGAUAUCUUCAAACAGCUUUCUCUGGAGGGCUCUGGAGGAGGCUUUGAGGAGGUGAAGGACAACGCGCUUUCUUCAGUGAAAAGCGAUGAUGAUUUUGCUGACUUUCACUCUAACAAGUUUUCUUCCACGUGCAACAGCGCAGAUAAGUCCCUGGUGGACAAAGUUGCAGCCUUCAAGCAGGCCAGAGAAGACUCUGCUUCAGUGAAGUCUCUGGAUCUUCCUUCCAUCGGAGGCAGCAGUGUUGGCAAGGAGGAUUCUGAAGACGCGUUGUCUGUUCAGUUUGACAUGAAACUGGCUGAUGUGGGAGGAGAUCUUAAGCAUGUCAUGUCUGAUAGCUCUUUGGAUUUGCCAACAGUUAGUGGCCAGCAUCCACCAGCAGCAGAUAUAGAUGACUUAAAAUGUGCCCCGUUUGGAAGCUAUAACAGCGGGUCUGCAGUCAGCAGCCUGGCAAGCUAUGAGUGGUCUGACAAAGAAGACAUUCAUCAGGGCAAGAAGCUCUCCUCCUUUGUCCAGUCCUCAGGAAGUGGAUCCUCUGCGGCUACUUCUGUCCUUCAGAAGAAGGAGACCUUGUUUGGCAGUUCAGAGAACAUUACCAUGACAACAGUUUCCAAAGUGACAACCUUUCCUAGUGAGGAUGCUUUGCAGGAUGUUCCCUUUGCAGCCUUUGCAAGCUUUAAAGACCCUGUAUCCAGUGCUCCAAGUGAGGACGACAUCGGAGACUUCGGUGAUUUCGCAAGACCUCCAUCGGAAGCACAGGAUGCAGCAGCUGAUCAAGAGGCAGAUCUCCUUGGUGGUGCUGUCUCCUCAGCACUGCGGAGAGAAUCCACAGAUGACUUUGGAGAAUUCCAGAGUGAGAAGCCCAAAAUCAGCAAGUUUGACUUCUUGGUGGCCACUUCCCAAGGCAAGGUGAAAUCCAGCGAGGAGAUGAUCAAGAGUGAACUGGCCACUUUUGACCUGUCUGUUCAAGGGUCUCAUAAAAGGAGCUUAAGCCUAGGAGACAGAGAGAUAAGUCGCUCUUCACCUUUACCAGUCUUGGAGCAGCCAUUCAGAGAUCGUUCGAAUACUCUAAGUGAGAAGCCUGCUUUGCCUGUCAUCAGGGACAAAUACAAAGACUUGACUGGGGAAGUUGAGGAAAGUGAGAGGUACGCAUAUGAAUGGCAAAGAUGCUUGGAGAGUGCCCUGCAGGUCAUCAAGAAAGCAAAUGAUACCUUAAAUGGAAUCAGUAGUUCAUCGGUUUGCACUGAAGUCAUCCAGUCUGCCCAAGGCAUGGAAUAUUUGCUAGGGGUUGUGGAAGUCUAUAGAGUAACAAAGAGAGUUGAGCUGGGUAUCAAAGCAACUGCGGUCUGUAGUGAGAAACUCCAGCAGCUGCUGAAGGAUAUUGAUAAAGUGUGGAACAACCUGAUAAGCUUCAUGUCACUUGCUGCUUUAACGCCAGAUGAAAACUCACUGGAUUUCUCUUCUUGUAUGCUGCGCCCAGGGAUUAAAAAUGCCCAGGAUCUUGCCUGUGGAGUGUGCCUCCUAAACGUGGAUUCAAGAAGUAAGAAAGAAGAGAAACCUGUGGAAGAGCUUCCUAGAAAAGCCUUCAAUUCAGAGACAGAUAACUUCAAGCUGGCGUAUGGAGGGCACCAGUACCAUGCAAGCUGUGCAAACUUCUGGAUCAACUGUGUGGAGCCCAAACCUCCAGGUCUCAUUUUGCCAGACCUGCUCUGAAAGCAGUUGCACUGAAGAUGGAAUUUCAGGUCUGAUAAUGCACGACAUUUGGGGUAAAUGGUGUGAUGGGGUAAAUGGUGUGAUAGGGUAAGUGGAAAGGCCUGGGGUGUGAGGUUAGUGGCUAAGAUUGGAGUUUUGUACCUAACAGGUUAAAGCCACCAUCACAUACAAAUUGCUCAUGAAGAAUUCCACUCGAAAGGGGCAGGGGUUUAGAAAUAACCAGUGUGGCAGCAUUUCAGUCUUUCUGAUGGAAGCAGGUUAGUCUUUAUGUGCAGUGCAGUCUGCUAACCAAGUGCAUAAACCUGAGAGAGGCCAAUACCCAGCUUCCAAGAAAAACUGGACUGAUUUGCACAGAAGUGACCACUUACAUACUUGAAGGACAGCUUUGCAAACACAUAUUUUCUUUCGGGGUAUGGACCAUGAUGGUUUUCUCUGUUUGCUGCUCCAAUAUUACGAGUCACAGUAACUCUCAAGGCAAAAUGAAUUAUUGACUUAGAAGGAAUCAGGCUGCAGAGCCACUGUAUAUUUAUACUUCCACUGAUCUGUACUGUAAAUUAUACUGUAUUCGUGUGUGUAACUGGUUAGUGCUGGGGGAUAAGGACUUGAAGGAACUGUUGACAUUUCCGCUAUAAUACCUGGAUUCUUUAGUGCAGGCAGCUGGAUUUUAGACCUUGUCUUUGCUACUCUGUUGUAAAUACAGUCUCCUUCCUUGGUUUAUGUUCCACCUGAUCCUUUGGUAGUUCUGUGGCUGCAUCACUAUUGAAAACUGGACUCCAUUGCCAGCAGUGUGUCUGCUCCUGUGUGUAUAUAUAUGUGUUACCUCUGUCACACCUUCAUACGCCUUUCUUGAUGGGAUGCCUGUGUGUAACUUGUGCUCUCUGUAGUAACGUGUUUCUCUGACUCAGAGCUGGCAGCACAGGAUGGCCCUGAGCUCCUGCUGCAGGUGGGUGUAAUUUAACCCUGCAAGGCACUGGUGGGCUGACGCAGGCUGGGGUUUGAAGCAGGGUGUUGCUGUUGCUUACGGUAGGUACACCUGUAUGAACAGAAGGAGGUCAGUGGAACAGUCUAAAAUGUUACACAUGCAUCUAAAAUACCCAGUUCUCUCUUCAGAUGCAGUGUGCAGAUGAGAGUGCAAUCAGCUCUAGUGCUAGUAACAGAAUUGUCAACCCAGCGGGAGCUUCAUGGCAUUAGUGUAAGAGCCUUAGCACACCAGCGUCUUCCUCAGUGUGCAGUGGGGUCUGCAUCCACCAGUACAACUUGCUUCUUAAUUCUUUGAUUUAAGUUUCUCAGCUCUCUACAGGAAUCUCCCUUCUCUCUAAAGAUACCAACAGCUUUUCCAAGCCUUGCCUCUGUUAUAAGUAGCUGACACUGGUUGGUUAUUUGCUGGAAUAGAAAUUCCAAUGAGGAAAAACAAUGCUCCGUAUUAAAAAAAAGCCAUAGUUAUCCUCAGCUGUGAGUUACACCAAAUGGAAGCAUCUUGGCUCCGAGAGUGUCUGGCCCCUUAUUUACACGAAUUAAAACACAUCAUCUUGCUGCCUGAGAUCAGCUCCUUCAUGAACUCAGCCUCUUGUGCCUCCAGCCACAAGCUCACUCUCAGCCAGAGCCGGCUUUCCCCUCGCAUGAUGGUGGCUCCUGCCUUCUGUUGCCCAGGAAUUACUGCGAAGGGGCAGUCACUCCCUGCCUGCUCUGCGUGCCACUCAUUAGCAGUGUUCAUUAGGCAGCACCACAGCUUUCUGAGCACAGACAUGGGUUCCCAUCGCAGUCAGGGGCUGCUGUACCAGUGCGAGUGUUCCCACUGCUGCCAGGGCUCCGCAUGGCACAGGGAGCCAGCUCUUCCUUUCCCAUCCUGAAUUCCAGGAGCACUUCAGCGUUGCCUGGCUGGAAGCAAACGCCUCUGUUUGCUGCUAGCAAGGGGACUUCUCAAGUGGUUUGGAGCGGCUGGGCUGACGCAAGGCUGCUGCUUAUGAAAUGCUAUAUUGGGAAAGGGAGGUUAUUGUUAGCGUGGGUUUCCAGCGCCGCUCCUGCGCACUGAGCUAGAUGGGGUUCUCGGUUUUCCUCAUUGAAAGGGAAUGCCACAAAUAAAAGAAGCCACAAUGUGAAACUUAAAGCAACUGCAGCACCGGCUGCACUGACAUGAAAGCAUUUUUCAGUGAUGUGGUCCUUGCACUUGUUAAGCAGGCGAGUUCCCUUCUCAGGUGCAUCCAGCCUGUCUGUGGGACAUAAACCCAAGGCAUGGACGUGUACCAUUGUAAUUGCAGCAGAGCUAAGGGGAGUAUGGCACCACUGCUAAGGGAAGGCACAGGCGGUGCUAUGGUGCUUGUGGCAAGCAGAAAGUGCUUGGAGCUGCACCCCUUUACGUCAUGGGAAUAUCCCAAAUGGUUUGCAUGUUGAUACCCUUGAUAAAGGCAUUGCGCAAGGAGGAUCAUCUCCCAUCUCCUAGUCAUUACAGUGACUCACUGUUGCAUUCAGCAUCUUCCCAGCUACUGCAUUGCCAGCCAAAGCCCAGUGUCCUUGCAAUCUGUAUCCAAGGUUACAGUAUUUUCUACAGCACUUCAUCUCAGACCAUGUCCCCCCCUUGCUUUGCAUAGAGGCUGAUGGGCACACUGCCUUUCUCUUCUGUUGUCUUGAAUUUCAUGACUCUAACUCCUGCUCCUGCAUGUUCUUCACUAGGAAACUGGAUUUUCUUCCUUGUUUUUAAUGUAUUUGUUCUCUGAGGCUGCCCUGGGAUUACCUAUGGGAAGUGAUUUUUUUAUCUAUUUGUGUAUAUUUGGAAUUCUAAGGGAUUAUUUGCUUGGCUGCUUAAUGUAUAUAUUGCUUUAUCCAGUUGUAUUCCCAAUGCAUCCAUGCUUACCUGUGCACUGCAGUUUUUCCCUGGGGGAGCUGGGGAGCCAGCAGAGCAUCCCCAGCCCAUUCCCUGCCAUCCAUUCCCACAUCGUGGUUGAGCAUCUCCCCAACCUUGCUGAGGUUCUUUGUGGAGUGGGAAUCGUUCCAUUCUAUGCUUGGUGCUUCCUCUCUGGCAGCAGCUCCUCUUCACCUGGCUUGGUUUGAGCAGCUCCUUCCUUGACAUUGGAGUUAUGAAGUGAUAGUGAAGUUCAACCCAAGGAUGGGAAGCAGCUCAUGAGAAGCCAAGGAAUGCUCCAAUUCCUGGUUAGCUCGUAUCAGGUGAAUCAAACUGGAAACAAAACCUGCCUUUGCAAUAAAAGCUGCUAUUGUACAAA